CCAUAGUAAUCAGUCAUCCGGUGUGCAGCCAUGCGUAUAAAAGUGUUACUGAAGUCUCUUACACAUAUAUAUAGAUAACACAGUUUGUAACGGCAGAUAACGGAGAUAACGUUACGAUACCACAGCAGGAGAAAAUGCUUUUGUGAAUUGGCAUCAUAUUUCAUUUAGGAUAUUAUCUCCAUAUCAACAAAGCGGAGACGCGUUUUCAAGACUUUUGAGAAACUUCGAAAAGAAAGAAGAAAAGAAUUCCACCCGACAUGGGUACAUCCAUGUUCGGUCUACUGGUUGGCGUGGCCACCCUCACACUGUGUUCUGCUUUGAAUUCCUACAUCGUCACGAUGCCAGAAACUAUCCGCCCCAACCUUGAUACCAGGGUCUAUGUUCACAUACUCAAGGCAGAAGGUCCAGUCGACGUCACCGUCACGCUUCAGAGGAGUGACGACAACAACUCGACGGUAGCACAGAGCUCAAAAACAAUCCUGCCACCAAACGAUCCAGACAAAAACGGCGUGUCUACCCUGAUAGACAUCCGUGUGCCUAGUCAUCUGAUGGCAGGAAGUUAUGCCAUGAAAGUUGAGGGAACUGGCGGACUCACAUUCGCGAAUUGGACGGAACUUAAAUUUGAUAAAAAGAGUUCGUCCAUUCUUGUUCAAACCGACAGAGCAAUGUACAAACCUGGACAGACAGUGCGAUUUCGAAUUUUCGGGAUGCUACCCGAUCUUACACUAUUAGACAAACCCAUAGAUGUUUCAAUUUUCGACCCUAAGAAAAACAAGAUUCAGCAGUGGAAGGGCUUACGCGACCCUAGUGGCGUCAUCACAGAGUCCAUGGUGAUGUCAGACCAUCCUGUGCUUGGAGACUGGAUGAUCAAGGUCAAUCAAGGGGUUGGAAGCAGGGAAAAGACAUUUACAGUUGCUGAAUAUGUGUUACCAAAGUUUGAGGUCAAGGUUAUUCUCCCUCCAUUUGGUGUGACAAAAGACGAAUCUUUCACCGUGAAAAUAUCUGCAAUGUACACGUUUGGAAAACCAGUAAGGGGUUCCGGUGUAUUCCGAUUAAAAAGGAAAUAUACCAGCUGGUGGCUACAGAGAAGUAAAGACUACGUAGAAAGUGUUGAACGUCAUUUCAAGAUAAAUGGCGAUUACGAAACGAAAAUAUCUCUGAAUGAUAUCCGUAAGAUCGAUUCGAGUUUGGCGUGGACAGAGUUUGUCGUGCAGGCUAAUGUUACUGAGGGUAUUACUGGCUUAAGGAUGAAUGACAGCGAGGAAAUCAUGUUUUACAAUAGUCCAGACAAAAUCAAGUUUGCUGAAUCUCUGCCCAGUACAUUCAAACCAGGACUGAAGUACACGGCAAUUGUACGAGUAACACAGAAAGACGACAGCCCUAUUCCUAAUACAUUAGCACGUGUUAAUGUAUCAGUCAACUACCAAUUACCGCUUCCGACGGAAACGACUACGCCCGCUCCGACGACUACUCCAACCCCGCCACCCCCGCCACCACCUACACUUCCCAUUGACAUAGACAUAAACGGCACAGACUCGUUGAACUCUACCUUUCCCUCGGGACUGGAACUUAUGAAUGAUACCCUUGUACCCCGGAUUAUGGAAGUAUGGCCACCCUUCGAACGUCAUAUUUAUCCGCGGUUUAAGACGGUUCAUGAAGAGCCGCGUUACUUCGACGUUCCUGCUGAUGGACUCAUUCACUUUGAUAUCAUGGUACCUGAAAACGCCACAUCCGCCAGUAUCAUAGCUGAGUACAAAGAGGAAAAAGAUUAUAAAGACCUAAGCCUAAGUGAGUCACCGUCUAAGAGUUAUGUACAAGUCAGCCUGCUAACAGAGAAACUGAAGCCAGGAACGAAUGCGAUGUUUGAAAUGAAAGCUACAGAAAAUGUCCCAGAAGUCCGAUAUCAGAUAUUGUCUAAAGGCAUGGUAUUGGAAGCCGGUACUUUCGACAUGCGACAACAGACUGAAGGGGUAUUCCCCUUGGUGAUCACAGCUGAUAUGGCGCCAAAAGCAAGGAUGAUAGUACAAUACGUUAGAGAUGACGGAGAAAUUGUCGCUGACGGAAUCACAUUUAAAGUAGAUGGUGUCUUUAAAAAUCCAGUAGCCAUCAACUUCGAUAGAAAUUCAGCAAAACCGAAGGAAUCUGUUCGUGUGGACCUCGAAGCCACGCCUAACUCCCAAGUGUACAUAUUAGCUGUGGACAAAAGUGUACUGCUGUUAAAAUCUGGCAAUGAUAUCUCAGAGGAUGAGGUCACUGAGGAACUGCAGUCGUACGAUAACGCAGGAGGGGGUAGCUUUCCCUGGUUCGGGAUGUGGAGAUGGCCUGUCUCCAGUGGUGGACAAGAUGCGUCUGAUGUCUUCGAAAACAAUGGAAUCAAGGUGCUGACUGAUGCUUUACUCUACAAGAAACCAAACCAAUGGGAUGGAGCGUAUGAUAACAUGCCUAUGAUGGCGUUUGGAGCUAUGGCAGUGAUGGACUCGCCUGUAGAUAUGGAACCUCAAAUGGCACCAGCUGUGAGGAAUUCCGCGGUCAAGCCGAAAGAAUCGAAACUGGCAAAACCGGCGCGUGUUCGCAGGAAGUUUCCAGAAACAUGGCUUUGGGAAAACGUUCAAUUGGGACAAACAGGCCAGACAGAACUUACUGCGACUGUUCCCGACACCAUCACGUCCUGGGUGGCAACCGCCUUCGCCGUCAACAAAGAUACUGGUCUUGGGUUAUCACCAAGUCCGUCCAACCUGGAAGUGUUCCUGCCGUUCUUUAUCCGGAUGAAUCUUCCCUAUUCGGUUGUUAGAGGGGAGCUACUUGUCCUGCAGGUUGACGUGUUUAACUACCAAAGACCAGCCUGGACCCUGGUCGUCAUGGAAAACAACCCCGAUAUAAACAAUGUGAUUUCUACCCAGGGCGGCUGGACAGAUUACUCCACUAGGGUCGGGAGGUGGAUGUGGGUUGAAAGUGGAAAGGUUGCUUCUGCGUUCUUCCCAAUCAUUCCAAGGAAAGUUGGAGAGCUUAAAAUCAAAAUCAAUGCUUUUGGAACGAAAUUCUCUGAUUCAGUCGAGAGGACAUUACGAGUAGAGCCUGAAGGAACCCCCGAGGAGAAUAACAAUCCUGUACUUAUUGACCUCUCCACCUCUAGCACCUUUAAGACGAGAUUCCCUAUAGACUUCCCACCCAAUGCUGUAGACGGUUCCAGGCGUGUGAGGGCUGCUGUUAUCGGUGAUGUCAUGGGACCUUCUAUCAAUGGUAUUGAGAAACUCCUUAAGAUGCCUUACGGAUGCGGCGAGCAGAACAUGUUGAAUUUUGCUCCUAACAUUUAUAUUCGACGUUACUUAACUAUCACUAACAAGCUGACGCCGGCUAUAGACGCUAAAUCAAAGAAGUACAUGGUUAAAGGUUACCAGAGAGAAAUGACAUAUCAGCACAAAGAUGGGUCAUUUAGUGCUUUUGGUGAAAGUGACAAAUCCGGGACUACUUGGUUGACAGCUUUCGUAGUGAAAUCGUUCGCCGAGGCGUCAGAUAUGAUCACAAUAGAUAACGAGGCUGUAGUGAAGGCUGUUGGAUGGUUAGUCGACCAACAGAAUCCAAACGGGACAUUUAAUGAGCCGGGAAAAGUACUCCAUAAGGCAAUGCAGGGUGGGUCUGCCAGUGGUGAAUCCUCGCUGACGGCCUUCGUGCUUAUUGCGAUGACCGAAGCCGGUGUUUUCCCUGGGGUCAACGAAACCACAGCCAAGUCUAGAGCUCUGGCACAGCGUUUCCUGGAAGACGAGGUUGAUGCCAUGGCUUUAACACCGCUAAAAGUAGAUGUGUAUGAGAUGGCUAUCAUUGGACACGCACUGUCAUUAGCAGGCAGUGCUAAGGCGGAAAAGAUCAUGGUACCAAUAGUGAUGAACGCUGUACAGGAGGAGGGAACAAUGCAUUGGACAAGACCUGAAGAAGAGCCACAACUUGUAUACGGUGGUUGGCGUCCACCACACAUCCAAUCCAAUGGAGUCGACAUAGAAUUGACAUCCUAUAUCAUGAUGGUGUACACCAAAGCUGCCGAUACAGAUAGCGCAAUACUAAUAUUGAAAUGGCUGUCAGCUCAGAGAAAUUCUGAUGGCGGAUUUUCGUCAACACAGGACACCAUCAUAGCGCUACAGGCCCUAGCCGACCUUGCGGCCUUAAUAUACAAACCCAACUUUAACAUGAGAGUCCAAUUAAGAAAUUCAGAAAAUCUCGAUUUAAUACACGAGUUCCAGGUGUCGCAAAACAACGCUCUCAUGUUUCAAACUGUUGACAUCCCAGAAAAUAUCCGAUUGGUGGAAAUUGUAGCAGAAGGAUUUGGAAUGGGAGUCGUGGAGGUUGCCACAUACUUCAAUGUAAUGGAUGAUUUGAAAGUAAAAUCGUUUGACGUAAACGUGACGUUGAAGGAGGAGAGUAUGACAGGGUUCCUUAUUCAAGUCUGUGGACGUUGGAUGAGGAAGGGUGCAAGCGGAAUGUCUAUAAUAGAGAUCGGGUACCCCAGCGGUAUGGCGCCAGAUGUGGACUCAUUAAAUACAGACAGGGCUCCAGACUACAAACGUCUGGAACAAGCUGCUAGAGGACUGGUUCUUUAUUUUGAUCAGUUCGACGCAGAGCCCCAGUGUGUCAGUAUAUACAUGAUGAGGGUUGAUAUGGUGGCUGAACAGAAACCUGCUCCUAUAAGGAUAUAUGAUUACUAUGACACGAGUAAACAAUCGACCACAUUCUAUGCGUCUCAAGUUCUGGCUGAGUCUGGUGUCUGUGAUGUCUGUAAAAACUGUUUCUGUAAACGGAAAGGCUCGCCAUAGGUGAAAAUCAGGCAUUUGAUGAAAACUUUGCACGAUGUCGUAGUGACGCAAUACCAAACCGAAGAAGUG